AGAUCGGAAUAUUCAGAACCGGGAGCAGGUGGUGAUCAUGGAGACCGACUUGGCCGACAUGCCCGAGAAGAGAGCUCGGUCUUCCCAGGAUUCUCCCUUUUCCCAAGAGCGGAGCACAGAAGAGGGAGAAGUGCCAGCUCUGCACCUCACAGCCAGAUCCCAGGCAUCAGUGACAUUCAAGGACGUGGCCAUGGAUUUUACCCCAGAGGAGUGGGGGAAGUUGGAUCCUGCACAAAGGGAGGUGAUGCUGGAGAACUAUAGGAACCUGGUCUCGCUUUGGCUUCCAGUUUCCAGACCUGAGAACUACAAUUUGGAGAAUGGAAAAGAACCAUUGAUGCUUGAGAGAAAAGCCCCCAAAAGCAGCUAUUCGGACCUGGAGACUAAACCUGAGGGCAAAGAUUCAACUUCAGUGCAAGAUAUUUCCAAAGAAGAAUCAUGUCAGACUGUAAUAAUAGACAGACUGACAAGGAAUAGUGUCUAUGACUCCAACUUGGAAACAACUCUUGAAUGUGAAAAUUGGUUAGAGAAUCAGCAAGGAAAUCAGGAGAGACACUUGAGAGAAAUGUUCACCCACGUGAAUUCACUCCCUGAAGAAAGAGCUCAUGAACAUGAUGUAUACUGGAAAAACUUGAGUCAGAAGUCUGUUCUUCUCACUCAAGACAGAGCUCCCAAAGGAUCCUAUGCCUUCCAUACACUUGAAAAAAGGUUGAAACAGAAAUCAAACUUAAUGAAAAAGCAAAGAACCUGUAAAGAAAAAAAGCCUCAUAAAUGCAACGAUUGCGGUGAACUCUUCACGUACCAUUCAGUGCUUAUUCGACACCAGAGGGUGCAUACUGGAGAGAAGCCCUAUAGCUGCAGUGAAUGUGGGAAAUCUUUUAGCCACAGAGCUAAUUUAACUAAACAUCAGAGAACUCAUACUAGAAUUCUCUUUGAAUGCAGUGAAUGCAAGAAAGCCUUCACAGAAAGCUCAUCCCUUGCGAUACAUCAGCGAAUUCACAUUGGAGAGAGACCAUAUGAAUGCAGUGAAUGUGGAAAAGGUUUUAAUCGAAGUACACAUCUUGUGCAGCAUCAGUUGAUUCAUACUGGAGUGAAGCCUUAUGAAUGUAAUGAAUGUGAUAAAGCUUUCAUUCAUUCAUCAGCUCUCAUUAAACAUCAACGAACUCAUACUGGAGAGAAACCCUAUAAAUGUCAGGAAUGCGGGAAAGCCUUCAGCCAUUGCUCAUCCCUUACUAAACAUCAGAGAGUUCAUACUGGAGAAAAACCAUAUGAAUGUAGCGAAUGUGGAAAAACCUUUAGUCAGAGCACACAUCUUGUUCAGCAUCAGAGAAUUCAUACUGGAGAGAAACCCUACGAGUGUAACGAAUGUGGGAAAACCUUCAGCCGGAGCUCAAAUUUUGCUAAACAUCAAAGAAUUCAUAUUGGAAAGAAACCAUACAAAUGUAAUGAAUGUGGGAAAGCCUUUAUUCAUUCAUCAGCUCUUAUUCAACACCAGAGAACUCAUACUGGGGAGAAGCCCUACAGAUGUGAUGAAUGUGGGAAAAGCUUUAAGUGCAGUUCAUCCCUCAUCAGACAUCAAAGAAUUCAUACUGAAGAGCAACUCUGAAAAAUUACUGAAUGUGAAGAAAUGUAAGUUGGCUUUAUCACUGUGUUAAAAUACCUGAGUGUUUAGGUGGAACACCCAUAAAAUGCUGCUUGAGGACCAAUUCUUUAUGCGUCUACUUUUACUUGCAUAACACGUAGUUUUGAGCCAUAGACACAAUGUUCCUUAUAUCCAUUGAUUUGAUCAUUACGAAAGCUUCUGGCCAGGGAUCUCAAAUUUUGAUCUCCAUCCCCCACCACCACUACCAAAUAACCCUUUCAUGGAAAUUCAAGAAAUCCUUGGGAGUGGAUAGCAAUCUGAUCCUUGUGAAGUCUGGUUCCUCCCUCUCUUUGUCACAUGAAAGCCUUGUUACAGCAUCUCACUCGGUAAGGAAAUUCUUAUUUGUAAACGUAGGUAGAGGACUCCUAUCUCUAUCAUCAGGAAAACACAGAGUUGUUCCUCUUUGGAUCCGAAGUAGAGCUCCAGAUGUACAGCUACUGUCAUUUCUCCAGGAAGGGUUAAUUCUUUUACAUUAGCUGUAAAAUGUUAAGGUUAAGCAUUGAAAUAUGCUCUGGAUUCCCUCCCUCCCCCAAAGGCUACUGUCUAAUUUGAUGAACAUAAAUAGACUGUAUUGCAGGUUCUAAGUUGUGUUCACUUGGAUUCUGCUGGUCAUAAGUUUAGAUCAUUGUUAUCCCUCUACUGUGUAGAUUUUCAUUUUCUACUUCUUUGGAAUUUCCCUGAAGUUAAGAAUGGGUCAAAAUCUUAACUGCAGUUUUCAAUCAAAUGCCUCUUUUCUUAUCCUUGGCAUUGAAUGAGUCUUUGGUUUUUCUAUAAUCAAAGUAUUAGGGAUAUUUCAUUUCCAACUCGUUCACUUACAGUUAUUCUGCUUUCUGUAAACCAUGCUUUGUCACUUUGAGAAAAAGCCCCUAGGAUGUUGAGGGCCUGAAAAGUUUUGAUGAAUUCAAUAUGUUAUUAUAUUUAGGGUCCUAGUCAAGAAGGAGAACUGAAGCAACUCUGGGACACGAGAACACACCUUCCUGUCAAAUAUGGAAAAUAGUUCACAGGACAGUAACUCACUGGAGGAUAACCGCUUCCCUCUAUGAAGAAGAGGUUGCCGUUUCUCUGGCUUUCAUGUCUACCCACAUUUUUUGUUGUUAUUGUUCUCCCUAUAUGUUUAUUGGGCUAUAUCCCAGAGCCCUAAAAAAGGUAGAAAAGGCAUGAAACCACAUGGUAAAUUACAUGGGUGACCAAAAACCAGGGGUGAGAUUGGAAACACAGGAAGCAAAAGUUCAAAUAAAUAUUUAGCAAAACAGUAUACGAAUGUCAGUUUUUAUUGUUACUUUAUGAAAAGAAGAGUAUUGAAAAGAUAGAAGGGAAAUAGUUACAGGUUUCUUCUUUCUCUUCUCCUAAAUUCUAUCCUUUAUGAACAUUCAACAACCAGUCCAUGCUCUUGCCUUCUCCACAUUAUCUCUGUUAUUUCUUAAAAUUCCUUCUCCGUAAACCUUAGUUGUAUUAUUGAGGAGAAGUAGAGGAAGAGAGUUUAGAGCAAGAUCAUUAAGGAUGAAUGGGUUAAAUCCAGCCGUGAUGGAAAUUAAAACAAUAGGAAAUGGGGCUGAAAGGACUGGGGAGAGGUUUUGGAAAGAACAAAAAACAU